AUGGAUCGCUGGUUAAAGAAGAAUCCUAGUCAAGGUCCAGUCACUCCUAAUUUAUCAGACAUUUGCAACAUUGUAUCUCUCCCUUCACCAAGCAGUGAUAGUGAAACAGAUUCAUCGGCAACUAUAAAAAAAGUAAAAGUUAAAAGACUAUCGCAAUCACAACGCUCAUCAAAACAAACUAAAAACAAAUUCCAACGAAGUUGGCUUCAGGAUGAAGAAUUUAAGGGUUGGUUAAUGAAAUAUGAUAAAACUAAAAAUGGAAAUGAGAUGGCUUUUUGUAAGAUUUGCGAUAAAAUCCUUACUUGUCACAGAAACGAUAUUCGACGGCAUAAAAAUUCUCACGCCCAUAAAGACAAUUCGACAGGAAUCCAAAUUUCUCAAAAAAUGCCUGAAAAAUGCAAGUUUGAAACAUCAGUACGAAAAGCUGAACUAUUAUUUGCAGGAAUUUUAGUUUCUCAAAAUAUAGCAUUUUCUUUUAUGGAUGUUUUGAGUCCAUGUUUAGCUAAAGCAUUUCCAGACUCUGAAAUAGCUAAAAAAUUUUCUAUGCGUCGAACAAAAGUAACUCAGAUUAUAAAUAAUGUACUUGGUUCUAAUUUAAAAGAGGAUCUUUAUCAACAAUUACAAACCCUCGGAUGCUUUUACUCUGUGAUAAUGGAUGAAACGACUGAUGAAACUACCACCAAACAAUGUGCUUUCACGGUAAUAUUUUUUGACGAAAAAAAAUAA